GUUAUAGGAAUAAACUUACCCAUGAGGGACCAUGAAAUCGUUAUCGACAUCGUACUCGUUCUCUUCGGGAGCUAAUUCUUCAUCACGUUCGUCGUCUGAGCCUCGAAUAGAUUCACCGGGUUCCUCUUCUUCCCAUUCAUCGUCAGAAUCGAUCUCGUAAUCGAACCAUUUCUGAAAAAAUAUAGAAACAGGCAAACAACCCAAGAUUAAAUUUGUACAAAGUUCGUAGAAAAAUAAAAUUAGGAUAAAAUAAAAUAAAAAACAGAUUGAAGGAACAUGUAUUUUCAGAUUGCAUUUCACAAUUUUCGUUAGUGAUAAAUCAUCUUUGAGAAGAAAAAAACUAAUACCAUUCGAAAAAUAUUAAAACUUUGUUUAAAUCGACGGAGCCUAUACUUAAUAAUUAUGAUAUCACGACGAAUAAAUUUCUUCCCUUCUUUUUGGUUUGUCUCCAAACUCGUUUGUCUCGAAUUUUUUUUAAGUUUUUCUCGUGUAUGUAAAUAUUAAAAUUAAAUCCAUCAUUUACAGACGACGAGGACAUCGCCAACCGCAUUUGCUAUACAGUGAUUGAGUUGCAGGACGUUCAUAUCAGUGGCACUUCCUCAACGUUCGACAAAUCGUACGAUAAAACUUGGCUAGCCACCAUUGUGAGCUGGCCGGGCUAUACAUGUGUGAGGAAUCGGUGAAAAAAAUGAAACAAGGAAAAAAGAAAUAAAGAAAAAAUAAAUUCCGGAGUGCGUAAUAAGUUUCAGCCGUAUGUGUAGAAAUAAAAAUUACGGCGAUAACAAAUAUAUCAACCUAAUACUAUUUUGGUAAAGAGAAGAAAAGGAGAAAAAAAUGUGUUUAACAAUUAGUGCGAAUCUAUAACGUAUGAGACCGAGAUCGGACAUUUUUUGGAGCAAAAGUCGGCCGAGCCGUUAUAAUUUUUGUCCGCUGUGUGACUUACAAUUAAUAUUAUAUGGGUAGUUACAAAAUCGUGACAAUUAUAAACCUCGUUAUAAACAGUAAAAUUAAACGCCGCAGAUAUUAUUUGCAAAAGGUAUAAUAUACCCUGAGAUUUAUUGUAUUUAAUUUUUUAUUUUUUAUUUACAUAUAUAUAUUUUUUCCCGGAUUUUUUAAAUCAGGGGCGAUAAUAUAUCAUACACGGAUACUAUAGUAACCUCAGCGUUUAGUCGUUUGAAAGGAAAACUGCGGAAUUCUUUUUUGGUACACCACAAAAAGAAUGAUUUACUUAUUGUAUAUAUAAGCACGUGUUGUUUACGAGUACAUAACAUUAUUUUAUAUAAUGCACUACAGUAUGUAUUAGAGCUACGAAAUAGUAUUUAUUAUAACGAGUGUUCGAUGAUUUUAUUAGAAGUUAUAGAGAAAAAGACGAAAAAAAAAAUGAUAAAAUAGGAAUGAAAUGACUAUGAUUUCACUCAUGCAUACAAUUUUUUUCCUGCUGUAUACAUAUAUUUAUAUACUAUACAUAAUACGUCACAAUUGAUAUUGAUACGCGAAGUGAUAUAACGAAAUCGGUCGAGUUCGCACAUUUCUUGAUUCAGAUUCACGUGAAGGUGUGUGUUAUAAUCCGAACAGAUGGGUGAAGUAAAAUGAUAAUAAUAAUAGUAAUAAUGAUAAAUGAAAUAUAUAAUGAAUAAUGGACUGUCUCCUGUAAACGGUCAAUUGUCACAAUCCAUUAUUACUGUUUAUCAAAAUGAAUACCGAAAAUUUAUCUCAUUAGCAAAGCCAAUUCCGACAUUCGGCACGGUUAUAUUGUUUAUUUCUAUGUUAUAGAGGUGUUUAGGUAUGGCGAUACCGAAGUGAAAAUUUACAACAUUUAUGGGGACGUGACCAAAAAAAAAAAACAGAAAAAACUGUCAGCCGCUCUAUCAGUAUUAUUAUAUUGCUACUACAUACAGGGUGAAUCCUUCAACUCUGUCAACCCGUCAGGGGUAUGUUGGGGCUGCUCAGACAAGCAUUUUGAGGUAACACACUUAUGGUCGGAAACUCCUCCUAACGGCUGUGGAGGGCUUUGAAGAUUUUUUUAAAAUUUAUUUAUUCAUUUAUUUAUUUUUUCUGGUACCCAGGGGUUGCUCCUACUUUCGCUCGGAUUCGAACGCAAUGGUUUAUUCUGCGCUAAAAAACGUACUUCUUAGUGUCUCAUCGGUACAAUGACAAGUCGAGUAAUUAUGAACCGCCUUACUUGGGUCGAGCUAACCAGAUGUGCAUUAUGCGUACCGCGCCAAUGAUUCGAAUUCACUCGCUGCGUAACGCUGGUAUCGUGAACGGUUCCCAAACCGACCUUUUCCCCACAGGCAAGUUUUCACUGCAGUUAAUCGUCACCUGAGGGAAACUGGGUACCAUAAAGAAAAAAUUAAAAACAAAAAAAAUUUAAAAAACAAAACUCCAAAGCCCUCCACAGCCGUUAGGAGGAGUUUGCGACCAUAAGUGUGUUACCUCAAAAUGCUUGUCUGAGCAGCCCCAACAUACCCCUGACGGGUUGACAGAGUUGAAGGAUUCACCCUGUAUAUUGUUUUCAUUGAUAUUAUUAUUUUUAUUAUCAUCAUUGUUAUUAUUAUUAUCAUCGUUAUGUCCUGACUACUGGUCACGCGAAACUUUUUCUUCACUUAAAUAAAUGAUGAUUCACAUUUCGUCAUAAAUAUAUAAAAAAUAUACAAUGUAUAGACUGCUGCUACUUCAGCUGAAACAAUGCUAGAAAACACGAGCACGCAAAGUUGACAUUUCGAAUCAUCACUGUCAUUGUCAUUAUCGUCAUCGUCAUGAUCAUCAUUACCGCGUGAUAAGUAUACCAUGAUACAUUAUAACUUGAUAUGAGAAAAAGGACAAAGAAAAGAAACUAUUAAGUUAUUAAUAAAUUUUCAACUAAACAGAUUCGGUGCUGUAAUCUGAAUGAUCAGAACUGUAAUUGAGCAUACAACGUAUAAUGUACUUGCUCAUCUCAUCGGGAGAUUAUAAUGAAAAUAUGAUAAAGUGACAAAUGGGGGUUGAUAUGACGCGAUGGGCGAGAGAAAAGUAAAGCGCAUGGUAUGCAUAUGUAUACAUGUAUAUGAGAUUGGGAGAUUUAAAUUCCGAUCAGAAACUUCAUCUUCAUUAUUCAUUUUAUUUUAUUUUUACUUUUUUUCUCUCUUUCUUUUCUCCCUGUCUAUCGAGUGCAGCGUAUAAACAUGAAAAUUAUAGGCGUUGUCAACUCACCGAAGGGCCAUCUGUAAUGGCUGUUUUAUACCUCGUAAAAGAGAUUAAACGGUUGCCCUUAGAUUAAAGAUUACAAUAAUUAACACGGUGCUAUAAUUUAUUAAUCGGUAAACUUGAUACGGGACAGAAAGAGAAUUAAAAAAAAGCACAACUCAUUUUACUCAAAGUGCAACUAAACUUUACGAGACGAGUUAUAAAAAAAGAAUCAAAAACAAAGAGCCGAUCGUAUAGUAGGAGAAGACUGUAAAAAAAAAAAAAAACAAAGGCAAAGGAAGUGAGAGAAAAAAUCUUGCGGAUGAGCGGUCCUGGAAAUCAUGUCGCGUAAGUUUGGUAAAUGAAGAGAGAUAUACAGCUUUGCUCGUCGUGAUUUAUCUCCCAUGGCGAGAUAUCGAGCUCUGGAAUAUCGUUUUACAUGAAACCAGCGCGGGUACCGAGCACCGUCUGGUUUGAAACAACACUAAAAACCGACGUACAAAUAGAUUAAUAAAUAAAAAACGUGAAAUUAUCGGCUCGGUGUAUUGUGUGCGUUAUAUAGGCCGGCUGGAGUUACAUAUAAACUGAAUUUUCUUCUCUUUUGAGGACGAGAAUGCGUUAUUUUUCUCGUUUCUCAUUUACGCGAGGAAAAUUUACGAAGUUUAAGACAAUAAAAUUGUAUCUGAUAUAUCGAUUAAUUAAAUUAUAUAGUAUGUAUACAUACAAUGUGGAGCUAAACGCGAUAACGAUUUCUGCACGAUUAUUUGUACAUAAAUCGACCAGCAGCGUACUUUAUAAUCGCGAAAAAUUAUCCAAUUAGCAGCAGCCUAGUGACCGUGCCAUGCGUCUGGACGUUUUUAAAUGGCAGAAAGAACAGCGCCAGGAACUCCCUCGGGAUUGGCGGGGACGGCCCCGAGUGGCACAAACCGCGAUAAUCGCGCUUCAGCGACGUCGUCGUCGCCGUCGUUUCUGUGUUUCAGUGUCGCUUCACACUGUCGUCAUCCUCGUCGGUCGUAUAAGAUAGAUAUUCUUUUACAUUAUGUUGCUGCUCUGUCAGUUUUUAACCGGCGACAAGACAAUCAACAUGUGCAGCAUCAAACUGCGCGCUUUUAUGAAUACUCGCUUACUAAUUAACUAAUUAUUAACUAUUUAACAUGUGAACAUACCAAAAACAAUUCAUAAAAUAGUUACUCUCAUUUAAAGUCGAAUUUCAAAUCUCCGCGCCAAGUUUAAAUAUUAAGUGGAUUAUUUUUUUUUUACCACUACAGGCCAGCGGAUUGUGCAAUAUGUAACACUUGCAAUAAGUUCGAUGAUAGCACUAAUAAUCUUUACCGCGCAAAUCAAUUUUUCAAAUCUGUGCCGUUAAAGGAAAAGAAAUACAAUUAACGUUCGGGUUUACGUGUACAAUAACGAUGCGGAUUAAUCUUUGAGCUAAUGCAGUGCGAAACACAUGGUGCACAAAUUUCCAGAGUUGUCAAGAUUUUAAUGAGAGACAAAUUGAAAAUAAUUCAUCAUCAUCGUCUUUGUGAUACGAGAUAAUGGUAGCCGAUACAUCGAUCUUCGACAUGACGGACGAAUUGCUCUUCUCAGCAUUGGGUCUUCAGAUAGAGCCGACCUCUGAUAAUCUUCAUCAACAGUUGGUCAGUUCACCAACCUUGACAACACUAUCGUACAACUAUGAAACACCAUGUACAACACCACUGAGCGAAGCAUCGGAUCCUUCCGAUGAUUACAAUUUGACUACUUUAAGAGAGACGUCUGAAUACUAUACGAAUUAUUCCUCAUCUCCGGAAAUGCUUUGGAACGAAUGGUCCUGUACAAACGGCUCCAAGUCCUCAUCCGGGUGCCUCAGUGAAUUGAGUGAGCUCAGCGAACUUGACUCAGAGUUAGAAUGGUGCUUGGAUCGCAGCUGGAACACAGGUCUCCCAGAGAGAACACCAUUGUGUACACCUGGUUGCGAAGGAUUUUUGCAUCUUCCAUUACCACCACAGCGUCAGGUUCAGCAGCCGCAUUUUCAGCAUGACGAACCAUUGCUGGUUUUGGGAAUUGAUCUUCGAGCACUGGAAGAUACUUUGGGCACAGAUCACAACAACAACCAAAUCGAUGAAAAUCUACUUGUACAAUCCGCAGCUAAUGCAGCUCUAGCAACCCAUGAUUAUACGAACAGGAACCUUGCUAAUGCUGCCGAAGAUCGUUGUUUUCCAUGCACAUAUCAAGGAUGUGCUAAGAUGUACGCAAAAGCGUCUCACCUGAAGGCUCAUCUUCGUCGUCAUACUGGUGAAAAACCAUUCGCCUGUACCUGGGCAGGAUGUGGAUGGCGUUUUAGUAGAUCGGACGAACUCGCAAGACACCGUAGAUCGCACUCUGGUAUAAAGCCAUACCCUUGUGAAAUGUGCACCAAGAGAUUCGCCCGAAGUGAUCACCUUGCCAAACAUCGUAAGGUGCAUAGAAAAAACUCUUUUCCGAUAUUUCCGGGCGGUCCAGGUAAAAGUUUUCGGACUUCAAAAAUGAACCAAGUUACAACGGAAAUGUAACUUCUAUUUAUUAGAUACGCGUUCUCGUCAGCGGCAGCUGGGCUAAAUAAUGAUAAUUCCUCAGCGUUUUUAAUAAACGGGCAUCAAUUUACGGCGCGUUGAUUGCGUCAAAUUGCCAAAAGUAUUAUACGUAAGAGAAUAAUUUUUUUUCGAUUUUUUCGUUUUUUUUUUUCAAUUACGUCAGGACAAAACUGCUGUGAACAGAUGUAUACAUAUGUAAGCCAAAGAAGAUAUGCCAAAUGUACUUUUUGAACUCUGAAGAUAGUUUGAAAUGACAGUUACCAAGGAUAUAAAUGAAAGAAUUUAUAAUAAAGCUUGUUAUUUAAAAACAACUAAACGUCUGAACUUGAAAUGACAAAGAUAUACGUUAUAAUAAAUUAUAAACAAUACUCCGUACAUUAUAAUUUCAGAUUAUUCUGUAAGUUAAUUAAAUAAUUAAUCAAUUAAUUGGCAAGUUGAUAUUGAAUAAUCGCAGGAAUAAAUCUGUGCGGAUAAAGAAAAUUUGAUUGUCAAUUAGCUGACGUUGCAUAAAAACUUGAUACAGUUAUGCUGGAGAUAAAUUAAAUUUACUUUACAUUUACUUUAUAUGUAUGUUAUUUAGGUAUGAAUUCAUCCAUCAUAUAAUGAACUAAGUGGACGACAAUAAUUAUUUUAAAACGCGUUGUAGCUAUAUCUGCGGCAGUUAAUACUUAGUUAUUUCUUUUUUAAUCAGCUAUUUCCAUGACAUUUGAAAGAAUAAUAAUAAAUACAAUUAUCAAUAUU